CGGAAGCGCCAGGCCGGCGUUUGCUGCUAGCGGCUUUCGGGCUCACACGUGGGUGGUUUUCGGUGUUCCGGCUCUCAAUUCAUUCCUUUUGGCGUGGACAAGCCUCAUUGAAGGACAGAGUGGCCGCAAAGGCCAAGGGUCGUGAGCUGAUGAAUAUUGCUGUUGAAAAUGAAGAGACGUUGGGAGGAGGUCUGCAGAGUGGAGCGGAGGGGUCGCGGCUACGGCUCAAGUCCGGUAGGGAGAGAGUCGGGGGCACAGCCGAGACCGAGGCCGGCCGUGUAGAGGCGGGGAGCGGAUUGACAGGAAUGGGGAAGACAGAGGAUAGAGAAGGAACUGGGCAAAGGGUAGCGGAAAUGCGAGUGGACCUAACGGUUGUGAAGCAAGAAGUUACGGACUGGUCAGAAAUGGAAGAAGGGAUGCUCGAUGGCCGAUGGGUAAAGCAGGAGGUAGAGGAUGGACCUAAGGUGAAAGAGGAGAAACCAGGCACUUUGGAAGUGAAGCAAGAGAUGAAUAGUAGUUUUGUGGUAAAAGAAGAGAAGGUGAACGAAACAGAUGUAAAGGAAGAGAAAGUGAAGGUGAAGGAAGAGGUAAUGGACUGGCUAGAUGUGAAGGAAGAGAAGAAAGCUACCAUGGAGAUAAAAGAGGAGGUGUUUGUUGGUCAGAACGUAAAAAAGGAGGAAAUGAUGGAUGAAAUGUGUGUAAAAGAAGAGAAGUAUUUUCCAAAAGAAGAAGUGAUGGAUGAUACAAAGAUGAAAGAAGAACCUCACAUAAAUCCCCCAGUGGGCUUCAAGCGGAAACUGGCCAUGUCCAGGUGUGAAACUUGUGGUACAGAAGAAGCAAAGUACAAAUGUCCACGUUGUAUGCGAUAUUCCUGCAGUUUGCCCUGUGUAAAGAAACACAAAGCAGAACUGACAUGUAAUGGAGUUCGAGAUAAAACUGCAUAUGUUUCCAUACAACAGUUUACUGAAAUGAAUCUGCUUAGUGAUUAUCGAUUUUUGGAAGAUGUGGCAAGAACAGCAGACUACAUUUCUAGAGAUGCUUUCUUAAAAAGACCAAUAAGUAAUAAACAUAUGUAUUUUAUGAAAAAUCGUGCUAGAAAACAAGGUAUUAAUUUAAAGCUUCUACCCAACGGAUUCACAAAGAGGAAAGAAAAUUCAACAUUUUUUGAUAAGAAAAAACAGCAGUUUUGUUGGCAUGUGAAGCUCCAAUUUCCUCAGAGUCAAGCUGUGUACAUAGAAAAAAGAGUACCAGAUGAUAAAACUAUUAAUGAAAUCCUAAAACCUUACAUUGAUCCUGAAAAGGCUGAUCCUGUAAUUCGUCAAAGGUUGAAAGCCUACAUUCGCUCUCAGACUGGGGUCCAAAUUUUAAUGAAGGUUGAAUCUAUGCAGCAAAAUUUAGUAAGAUAUUACGAACUGGAUCCUUAUAAAAGUCUCCGUGACAAUUUGAGGAACAAAGUGAUCAUUGAGUAUCCAACAUUACAUGUGGUAUUAAAAGAAUCCAGUAAUGACAUGGAAGUUCUUCACCAAGUGAAAAGUGAAUCUACCAAGAACAUUGGCAAUGAAAAUUGAGCACUUCUUCUGGAGGAAGAAGGCGAAAAUUCCCAGACAAUUGCAGAGGACUGUGCAUUGACUAGCUGUUGGAUGACUGGGAUAUUAUCAGCGGGUGGUUGAAAUUUUUUGUUUCUCUGAAAGUAAUUAAACAAUCUAAACUAAACUAAAAAUCUGAACUUUUUUUUUGAAAAAGAUGUAGCCUCUUAGAUUGACUUGUAAGGCCCUUAUUCCUAAGAACUCUUUUUCUGCACCUGAUCAGCAUAGUGCUUAUUUUAGUUAGGCCCAGGGUUUUAAUAUGCUUAAUUCUGUAGGCUGAAAACUUUUUUGUUUGUUAGUUUGAUGCAAGACCGGACCCAAGGAUCACCUGUGUCUGCCGCAAAAUUGGCAUCCUUGUUAACAGAACCUCACUAAACAUAAAGGCCGUGUGACACAUCCUGUAUCCACAGGAGAACUGAUCUGUCAGUUGCCCAUUUUCGUCUUUGAGAUUCUUUGUAACUUAUUCUCUUGACAUGACUGAGUGGAUCUUUUACUUGGUUAGCAUCCAGUAGAGUGUCACAUGUACAGGAUGAAAAAAUACUGUUAACUACUAUUUCUUCUAUUCAGUUCAGAAAAUCAGUGGCUCCUCAUCGUUUGAACCAUCGGUGCUUACGAAUUUGGGUGUCCUUGUUUGCACAGUGAGCUGUGUCUUAUUAUGAAUUCUGUGCCUUUCAUCCUGUUCCCAUUUCACUCUCCUCAUUACCACACAGGGGUGUUAUGAUGAGCAGUUUUAUGCUGUUUUGAAACAUCUAGCAAUAACUAAAGAAAAAAAAACCACUUGGAACUCUUCAAAGUGUUAUUGGAAUGUAUAUGUGCAUUUAUGUAUAUACAUGGCUUAAUUUAUACCUUAUGGCAGCUCUGUAUACAUUAUGAUCUCACAUAUUGAAAUUAAAGUUUCCUAGUUUUAUUGGAAUUUA